AUGGCUAAUUUCUGUGAGAAGGGCUCGUCAGGAAGGCUACGGCGUUUAACAAAAGCAUACUUAACACCAUAUCAACCAAGUCAUUCAGAAAAAUUGAGUAAGACUAGCAGGAUUGACAAUGUUUAUGAAUUAGCCCAGAAGUUGUUAUUGAACUACCAGAGUGUUACGAGUGGAUUAUUUCCCCGAUUCUCGAAAGAUCAGAAUAUAGGAUGUGUUAAAGACAGUAUAUACUGCGCGCUCGCUUGUUGGGCUACAUCUCUAGCUUAUAAAAGACUUGAUGAUGAACGAGGGAGGCAAACUGAGCUCCGACAGAGCGCAGUUAAAACUAUGAGAGGCAUUUUGUUCUGCUGGAUGCAACAAGCUGAUACAUUGUCACUUUUCAAAUCUAACAACAGCCCUGAAUAUGCUCUUCAUGCGAGGUUCGAUCUACAAACUGGAGCUAUUUUAACAAGUCCAACUGAUAAGCACUAUGGACAUCUCCAAAUGGAUUUAGUUGCAUUGUAUCUUCUUGCCUUAGUUCAGAUGACUUCCGGAGGUUCUAAGAUCAUUUACACCAACCAUGAAGUGAACUUCAUUCAAAAUUUGGUCUUUUAUAUCGAGCGAACCUAUCGAACUCCAGAUUUUGGUAUGUGGGAAAGGGGAACAAGAUAUAAUAAUGGAACACCUGAAAUUCAUGCAAGUAGUCUUGGCAUGGUUAAAGCCGCUCUGGAAGCUAUCAAUGGUUUUAAUGUUUAUGGAUCUUCUGGCGGAAGUUCUUCUGUAAUAUACGUUGAUAUUGAUGGUCAUAACCGCAAUCGAACAACCUUUGAAACGAUUCUUCCUCGUGAAAGUAGCUCUAAGAACACAGAUUCUUCUCUACUGCUAACACUGGGAUGGCCAGCAUUCGCUAGUCAUGAUUCUCAGAUUUUCGAAAAAACUAUCAAGAAGUGUGUUCGACGUCUCGAAGGAAAAUAUGGCCUUAAACGGUUCUUACGCGAUGGUUUUUGUACGGAGAUAGAGGACAGCACUAGAUCAUUCUAUGAGGAACAUGAAACUUUCAAAUUUCAAGGCAUUGAAUGCCAGUUCCCAAUGUUUUUUGCUUAUAUUGGGUUAACAGCUCACUUGCAAGGUGACACGCAACUCUCUGAGAAGUACUGGAAAAAGCUCCAGGAUGUUCUGGUGCCCAGUGAUAACGGAACAAUGCUUGUACCUCUAUGCUAUUGUGUUGAGGAGAAUAUGAUUAACAAAGAACGAGAUCAGCCUAACAGCACGGAUAUGUACCCAGUUAGUCCGAAUGAGUUUGGGCAUCAUCUAUGGAGCAAUUCCGUAUAUAUAAUAAUGCUUCUAAUAAGAGAUGGCCUCAUUCAUGCAAGUGACUUGGAUCCAUGUAAUAGACAUUUACCGGCCAGCCAGAGACCUAAACUGUUUAAUAGACAUUCUGCUUUCCAAGGCAGUAUGGAGUCAGAUCCUGUGGUUCAGAUAGCUCUUAUUGCUGAAUCAAGUCGGCUUCAAAUGAUGUUAUCAACAUAUGGAAUAACCUCACAAACUCCCCACGAAGUUGAACCUGUUCAGAUUUGGCCAAGUUGGCGUAUGGUUAAGGUUUUUGAAUGUCUUGGCAUGGAUAACAAAUUGGGUUUGAGUGGUCGACCUCCCCGGCCAUUCGGUCCUCUGAGCACAUCAAAAGUUUUCCGGGUUUUUGGUGACACCAUUCUGUGUUAUCCGCUUCUCUUUGAAGUUAAAGAUUUCUACAUCACCUCGGAUCCGGCUGUUCUAGUUGAUGAUAUAAAAAGAGAUAUUGAUUUCGUUGCUCGCCGGUGGAAGUUAGCUGGUCGGCCCACAAUGUGUAUCGUUCUGAGAGAAGAAAACGUAGUUGGAGAAUACUUCGAGCAUGUUCUCGAUUUAUUAGUUCAACUGAAAAAUGGUCAUGUAAAUAACACACGUGUUCGUAUGGGGCGAGUUCAUCAAUUGUUAAACUCCAGUUGCAUAGAGCAUAUUGAUUUUGCAACAUCUGAAGAUGUAGAUUUCGAUAUUGAUAUUUUCGAAGAAACAGAUCAUAGUCCGGAAAUCCUAUCACGGUUGAGUUUGAAGGAAGUGGUGGAUGUGGAUUCAACACAAGAAGCGGAAGUGAAUGAGCUCUCCGAUCAUGAAUUGUACGAAAUAAUUUACAAGGAUGAUAUGGAAAGACCAAGACAGCUUGUUUAUGCUUUACGCGCUCUCUGGCAGAGAUCGAAUUCCGAGCUACUUGUUCAAGGAGUUACGAUAAAAGCCAGAAUGGAAAGGUUAUAUAGACGAGCAUGCCAGUUGCGACUAUGGUACGUCGUGAGGUAUUCUGCUGGAAUUCUGAAGAAAACCAUAAAUAGUUUAUCCCCUGCUAUAACGAAUAUGCUUGUGAGAGGAAAACAGGUAACAAUUGGGUUGAAUCAAGGAAAGGAAGUAUGCAUAUCUCAUCCUAUUGCGCCUUCUGAACUCGCCGAGCUCUUUUUCUCUUGCUGUCCUACAGACUGUCCACAAGCUUCAGUUAUGCAACAAGAACUUAUAAUCGCUUGUUCUGACUUGAUUUCUCAAUCCUCCUCGGCGUUCGACGGUGUUCUGACUGUUAGGCUCUCUUGGUUGAUGGAUGCUGUACAGAUGCUUUUACAUUUCAUAUCCAAAGAGAGUAAGUCUGCGAAAAGUUUCGAUGAUAAGUUCGCCUUGUCUUUCAAGAAGAUUUACAGUUUCUACACAGAGUUUAAGAAAGGAUAUAUUUAUGACAUUUCUCCAACAGCUAUUAAGUACUUGGUGUUUGCGUUGAUGACCAAAAAGAAUUGGGAUUUACUCUCUCCUCUUCAAACUCGCCGAUUGAAUGGAGCUUUGAAUCGUAUGCCUGUUUUCUUUUAUGAUCGAGUGUGGACUGUUCUUGAGCGUUGUAAACAUGGAAUUGUGAUAGCAAAACAGUAUCUACCGCAACAACCUACACUUAGUGAUAUGACAGAGUUCGAACUGACGUUUGCUUAUAAAAUAGAAAGCAUGUUGAGUAGAAUUGCUCAUCCUGAAUACAGACAGCUAUUGAUUGAGCUACUCUGUAUCAUUGCUACUAUAACGGAGCGUAACCCUGAAAUAUCUUUUAACAAUUCUCAACUGGAUUGUGAUAAGCUCAUCACCAAAGCCUCACAAAUUUAUGCCGAAGAUAAUGGUAUCACAGAUUCACCAGAUUUGAGUUCUUUCUGCGAAAUGGAAAGCUUGGCUCACAGACCUUCCACAGCAUCUUAUUUGACUAGGACGGUCAUAGAUUUUCUAUUGAGCGGAAGACAUUUCACCCAGAAGACUUCAACAGUAGCGGAAUUUGAUAUCAAGGAAGAUAGAAAUUGUGGAGAAGACUGCAGGAUACAGUAG